CUUCAGACUCUCUCCAGAUGUCUGUCACAGAUGUGCGGCUUCAGCCUGCUGCCAGUUUGAACGUCAGUGUGUGCUGGGAGGAAGCAGGAGAAGCCACGUCAGAGCAAGCUGAACACCGUCCAAAUAUGAACACUCAUUCAGGCGGCUCUCCUUCCAGAGAAAACGAUAAUGAGAUAGAGGUGGAUAUUGCAGACGAUGAUGUGACGCAGGAGUGUGACCCGAACAUGCCGUUAAAGGUCCUCGUCGUGAAUAAAUCAUUCAAAUGUCCAGUUUGCAUAAGCACUUUUUCUUCCAAGAAGACGAUGGUACGUCACUUAAAAAAACAUCCACGCGACGGUUCAUCACUGUACCAGUGUCAGAUCUGUGAGCAAAACUUCUGCCACAAGUCUGAAUUCUUCGCUCACAGUAGAACACACCAAGGCCCCAAACCAUACCAGUGCCAAGAGUGUGAGGAAAGUUUUGACGAGAGGGAUAGUCUGCUUGUCCACAGCCUGAAACACACUAAGGAACAACAAAAUGAGUGUCUCAGUGAGAAGGAGGAGGCAGAAACUCACCUCAGAUCAGUGACAGCUGCUGGUGAGAUUAGAGAGCUGAACUGCACUCAGGAAAUACCUGGCAUUAAGACUUUCCCACUUACCUUCUCUCCCUAUGAUCAGAGAGAGUUUGAUCAGGAGUCUCUGCAGCCCCUGUGUCUCUACCAAGUCCAGAGUCUGUGUGAUAUGGAAGAAGACUCCUCGGCUGCAGGAACAGUCAAUCACAUCAAAACUGAGCCGGCUGAUGGAGUAUCAGACUGCAUCAAUGAUGAUCAGUUGCUCCUUUCAGUGAACCAGAGCCAACAGGGAGAAGAUGAGCCCAAACAUCUCAACAAUAGAGAUAUUCAGCCAAGUGGAACUUCAGGGAAAUCCACAGAACUCAUAGUUCAGUUUGAAGAAGGAACAGCAGAGAAACCCUACAAGUGUCCGUGUUGUGCCAAAUGUUUCUCCUUGCAUAAGACUUUAAUAAGACAUGUGAGGAUCCACACGGAGGACAAACAGUACCAUUGCCAGUUUUGUGGGAGGAACUUCGGUCAGAAGUCAGACCUGGUCAAUCACACCAGGAUACACACAGGAGAGAGACCAUACAAAUGCCCAGAAUGUGACAAAUCUUUCACCCAGAAAGGAAACCUGGUGAUUCACAUGAGGAAACACACAGGGGAUAAACCUUAUCAGUGCCUGGAGUGCAGCUGUAGCUUCAGUCAGAGGGCGUCUCUGGACUACCACAUGCAGAGCCACACACACUCUACAGCUCGGACCUGAGGAUGGCCAUUCAAAAUAAACUCUUUUUUUGGCAGUGAGUGUAUAUUCACUUUGCAUUUCAUAACAUUUAACAGACACUUUUAUCUAAAUGACUUACAUACAUUUCAAUACUGUAGACAUGCCUACAGAAGCAAUUUGGGGUUAAGUAUCUUGCCCAAGGACAUUUCUUCGAUCAAACCAUUGACCCUCUGAUUGCUGGACAACCAGCCUGUGGUUUUAUAAAAAAAUGACGAAAACUCGUUUUUUUCUGUCAUGUGCGCUAACAGCCACUAUGGGACGUCUCUAGGAUUUCUUUCACAAAACAGCAUAUUAAGCAAGCAGGAUAUUUUGUAUGACACUUUUCAUUUGCAACUGGGGAUUUCAAUAAAACUUCCUUUGGGAUCCUGCUCAUGUGUCGGUGGAAGCAAAUCAGAAGAAAGAUGUCUUGGCCAAACAAUCAAAUCAGAAAGUCUGAACGGUAACUUCCUACCAAAGGAAUUAUCUGACCUGGGCCGACCCUUUUAAAGAGGCUUUGACUUUAUUGAGGCCUUAACUUUGCACUCAUGAUGCGGACACUGAAGUAUUGCUACUAUCGACGUGUGCAUAGACUACUGGCACUAGUUUCUUUGUUUAGGCCUUGAUUUGUACAUGUUUCUCAGACUCAAAAGUAUUUGCUGGUUUGCUAUGCGUCUAUAUGUUUAACAGUAUUAACAAUUAUUUGAACCUUAGUCCGAUGGAGGUUCAAGUUCAAAACACCUGCUGUUUGUUUGUCUGCAUGAUUGAAGGAAGUUCUCUCUUUCAGGUUAAUCUUCAAGUCAGCUGUUCCUGAUAUUAAAUGAAAUAGCAGUUUAUUUAUGGUCAGGUUAUGGGAUUGCCCUGUGUUGAAACUGUUUUAAUGUUCCCACAGUCAUAAACUAAUGGUUAAUCUGAACAUUUUGCCACUUUUUCAUUUAAUUAAAGUUCUUGUCCUGUUGCUUUUGUUCGAAAACACAAAACUCAUGAUCUGUAUAGGAAAUAUAUUUCUAACAAACCAAACCAGUGUUUUUGACAUUAUGGGUGCUGUUACGUGUAAAGUAUGGUUCUCGACACCACUGUAAAUAGUUAAUGUCAGUGUUCCUGAAAGGUUUUUAAUGUGAUGAGUUGGUUCCCAGUUAAACAUGUUUUCAGAAAAAUAAAGUCAGUGUUAAUUUUGAAAUGUUGUUUCAAUAAAAAAAU